AUGUCGGUAGACGCGACGGGCUCCAACGGUCCAGCACUUUCGAACGCGAUUGCCUCGUCCUCGACAACUCCGGCACAACCUCGCAAGGCUGUGAUGCUCAAAGGUCCUUCUCUUACAUCCAAGACCUACUUCAUUCCACUACCGAACACUCUCGAUCAACUCUUGGCAAGGGCUGUCCAGCUUUUCCCUGUGCCUCCAGGCAAGGUACCUCAUAUCACGCUCGGGGCCGACGAGAGAGCCAUCGUCCUAGAAGAGUCGUAUGAUUUCAUCCGCGAUCGUGAACUAUUGCACUUCCGCUGGUCUGCAGAGACUCCUCGCCGCAACCUAGCCAACCGAGUCCGCUGGGACCAGCCCGCUCCUUCGACUUCUGCCAAUCUUUUCCCAUCCCUAGCAUCGCCACAGAGCUCAGCCUCAUCCUCUGACCCGGUGACAACACCAUUUCUUGUUCCAGCUGCUGCAGAGGCUCUCAAGGCGCAAAUGCACGAUUCAGCAACAUCGAAGCGCGACCUUGCGUUGGCAACGCGUGCCAACACCAUCGCUAAUCGCGAUCCUAAUAUUCAGUUUGGCGAAGGUGGCGCCGCGCGAAAGGCACACGCCCAGAGAGUCCUCGCAGAACAGCAACGCAAGCGAGAGGAAGAACACUCCGCAGAUACUCUCGGAACUGCGCCUGUCAUUCCAGAAGCUGACCAAGAACCUACCAUUGACGCUGACCCCGAAGCAACCGUCAAGGCAGCAAUUCAACUUGCUUCAACUUCGGCCUCUGUGGACAACGUAGAGGAGCUUUCCACGCCCGCAUCCGCAUCUGCCACUGCCACUACCACUACCGCAGACGCAUCGGCUGAAGGCCAAGAAGCGGACGCGACGGUGUCUGGCAAUGGCAGCGACCAGGCCGAGCCUUGUACUUCAACAGACACGUCGGACUUGCCUCCUUCUUCAUCGAAUUCUACGGCCUCCGAAGUUUCGCUUGCGCCUGCCUCGGUCGCACUAGCUAUCGCUUCGCCUCCUCGCAAGAAGCAUGUCGACAAUGGAGGCCUCGACACGCCGCCCUCCAGCGGAAGUCGCUCGAACUCACCUUUCCACAGCUCGAACCGCUCCCUCGGCAGCAACAGGCCUCUCGACCAUCGUAUGCGUGUAGAGGUCGACGACGAGCCUUCAAGCUCUCCCAUGUCUUCCCCCACGCGUGACGUAUCUUCGCGCUACCGAGGUGCAUUGCCGGCCAUGGACAUGGCCGGUCUCUCCAAGAGUGUCACAGCAGCACCGCUUGUUGCGGAUGCAGAGCAAAGGGAGUCACAAUCCGUCAAUGAGACGAUUGCCUCUGAGCUUGUCGCUAAGGCCAUCAGUUCUGCUGACGAACAAACGGACGCUGUAAUGCCGGCCCAGCAACAGCUCGAUCUCGCUCGCGAGGAGCCCGUGGUAUCAACAUCAGACGCGCAGAGCGUCGCUGUCACUGCUGAGUCAAAGCCAGUCGACAGCCAGGCCAACGAUCGCGAGCUGAAGCGCAUCUAUAGCUUCCUCUCGAACCUUGUUUCUCAGCUCCUCUCGCACAAGGCAAAUUCGGCUUUCCAGCGACCAAUGGGUGCCGAAUUUGAGCAAUUCUCAGCUCGAAGCUCGCGGCCUGUCGAUCUCUUCACCAUGCGCGACAGCCUCGCUUCUCGCAAGUACGGCAGCCAGCACCUUGAAGGUCGUAUGGCUGCCAACGCGGUCGUCACCGACUUUGAGGCCGACCUCACGCUUCUCUACACCAACGCGAGGCGAUUCUUUGGUGUCCGCUCGCCCCAAGCAGAAUGUGUCGAGCAUCUCGAAAAAUUUAGUCGGUCGUUUCUGAACGAAUGGAAGCGCACACAGGGAAGCGCAGCUCAGGCCAAGCAAGGUGCGGCGCAGCCCGCAUCGGAUGUCGCUGCAAUGAUGCACCUUUACCGCAGCCCAGGCUCGAGGUCGGAGAAGCAUCCCGCAUCUUCCGCGUUCCCUAUGUUGCUGACUCCGAGCUCCUCAGCCGUGAACAGUGGUGCUGCCAGUUCGUCAGCAAAGAAGACAGUGGGUAUCAACGGACAGCCACUCGCCAACACAAUUGGUCUGAUGCGACGACCGGAUCUCACAUUCAAGCGUAACGCCUCGUACGAAGGAGCUACAGCCGUUGGCAAGAGACCAGCGCAGCAACCCAAGAAUGUAACAAGCGAGGCCUUCGAGCGUGCGAUCCGCGCCGCUACCUCCAAUCCGCCGCAGACAGAGCGAGUGAAAGCACGGCAGCAAGUGAUGGCGCCCUUCGCCACUCGUUCAGUCAUUGAAACAGACUUCAUGGCCCGACCUCCUUCCCAGCAGCAGCAGCAGCAGCAAAACGAGGCAUCGCCGACAUCACUCGCACGUACACCCACAACAGCUGGCAACAAGAGGAAGCACGUUGAAGCGACCCUGAACGACAUUGCCGUCGAUGGCACUCGUUCGCCAUCGGUCUCACCACCCACUUCGCCCUCGCCCACCAAGCGCACCCAGCAGCCGGUGCUGACACUCAAGCUGUCCAAAUCGGCCAAUCGAAGGAGCAACAAGAAAAAGGCACGACAGGCAGCAGCAGCAGCUGCUGCUGCCGCCGCUGCCGCCACUGCCAAAGCAGCAGCCGCAGAGCUGACUGAACAGGAACGUUCCAAAAUUUGGGCCGCUGAUGCAGAUGAGGAGAAGCAUGUGCUCGAGUUGAUCGCACCCUUGCCGCGACCAGCCAAGCGCGCACGUGCCAGUCAAGAGGCAACCAAGAGCGUCGGGAACCGACCAGCGGUGUCGAAAAAGCAGAGCAAGGGCAACGGCAAGAAUACUGGGACUUCCACCAGUGAAGUUGUCGAUCAUGCGGUCGUCGAUUUGCCUGCGAUCCCUCAAACGCCCAGCGGUCGGAUGCUGCGUCCACGGCGCACCAGCACAAGUAUCAACAGCGAGCAAGAUAGCGUGCCUCCGCCCACCACACCACCGAGAAGCAUGAGGAAAGCUAAAGCCGCGCUUCACCCAGCAGAGUCUUUUGAGGAGCCCUGCACACUGGUGAAGGAGACGAUCGAGCUGGAUGGGUUCGAAGUGACCAGUUCCCGUAGAAGGUCUUCGCGCCAGAGAAAGCCGGUCAACCUCGAUUGA